AGUUUAAUGUACAAACAAGGAAGUAGCCAUUCAUAGCAGGCAAUUAUCCAGCGAGUCAAACAUAUAUAUCUAGCUUAAAUCUCUGUCGACGAUUCUUCAGCCAAAGCAGCAUCUAUGUUUUUAUAAUACCUGCUAAGGAAUGGCAUCAAAAACUCUUUAUUCGCAAAGGGACCCCAUGCUAAAGAGAGAUGGCUUUGAAGACAUUUUAGAAGAGAGGAGGAAAUCCAGCGACUUGAAGUACGCGUUGAGGUGCUAUGCACCGGUUCUUUACAAGGGAGUCACUCCCUGCAAAGCAAACAUGCUCAAGAUUAUCGUUCUCCAAUCUGAUCAGCUACACUAUGUCAUUAAUAAAGUGUCACAAGAGUCUGGCAAGGCCCCUGACAUCAUCCAAGAAGAGGCCUCUGUCAUUCUGGAGGAGAUGGCCCAUCGGCUCCAGAUCAGCACCGUCCGCUUCUUUGCCUUCGCCCUUACCAAGGCCUUCAAAACCCUCUUCCAACAUGUCUGUGUCAACGAGGAGGGCAUCCAGAGACUCCAACAGGCCAUCCAGGAGCAUCCGGUGGUGCUGCUCCCGAGUCACCGUAGUUACAUGGACUUUCUGUUGAUGUCCUACAUCCUAUACACCUAUGACCUCGCCCUGCCUGUCAUCGCUGCAGGCAUGGAUUUCAUGGGGAUGAAAUUUGUUGGUGAGAUGCUCCGGAUGUCAGGAGCGUUCUUUAUCCGGCGCUCGUUUGGAGGUGACAAGCUGUACUGGGCUGUGUUCUCAGAGUAUGUGAAGACCAUGCUGAGGAAUGGAUUUGCACCUAUUGAGUUCUUCUUAGAGGGUACAAGAAGCCGAACAUGCAAGUCCCUCACCCCUAAAUUAGGGCUACUGAAUAUCGUGAUUGAACCAUUCUUCAAAGGAGAAGUGUUUGAUGUCAACCUAGUGCCUGUCAGCAUCAGUUAUGAGAGGAUACUAGAGGAAUCUCUCUAUGCCAGGGAGCUCCUGGGAGUGCCCAAGCCUAAGGAGUCCACCUCUGGACUGUUGAAAGCCAGGAGAAUCCUCAGUGAAGACUAUGGCAGCAUUCAUGUGUACUUUGGCCAACCAGUGUCAGUACGGAGUCUGGCCCAGGGCAAGGUCAACCGCUCUAAGUACAACCUUUUCCCAAGACACAUCCCUAGGAAGCCCAUGGAGGAGACCCAGUCAUUUGUGAAUGACACUGCCUACAGGAUAGUGCGUCUGCAGGAGGACAACAUGGUGCUGAAGCCCUGGGUCCUGAUGGCCUCCCUCCUCCUGCAGAACCUGGAGGGCCUGGAACUGUCUGUGCUGACAGAGCAGACCGUCUGGCUCCGAGGCCUAGCCCUGUCUUAUGCUGCCUUCCUGGACUGGCCUGACCAUGCUCCCACAGCGAAGGUGGUGUCGUCCAGCCUGGCUCUCCACAGGGGCUUGGCGUGUGUCUCAGGGGGCCGGGUUAGUCUGGUGGUAGGGGAGCCCCUGGGCCCGGUGACCCCAGAGGAGGCUCUCUUUAACAGAGCCGUCAGCGUGCUCUCCUGUGCCUCCUACAGGAACCAGGUCCUUCACGUGUUCCUCCGGCCCGCCAUGCUGGCUGUGGCCAUGCACACGGCAGCCUCCUCUAAGAAGAAUGACGUGUACAACUGCUUCAGCUUCCUUUGGGACAUGUUCUCCAAUGACUUCAUCCUCUGUCCUGGGGACACUGUCCAGGACUUUGAGGAGGCGUGUUACCUGCUGGUGAAGACUGGUGCUGUUCAGAUGCCGCAGCAGGACAUAGUGAUGACAGACAUAGGUCAGCCCACCCUCUCCUUCUUCCAUGGCCUGCUGGAACCAUUCCUACAAGGCUACCAGGUGGUGUGUCGGUACCUCUGUGAGGAGGCCAGUGAGGGCCUGACAGAGAAGCAGUACAUCCCUGCUGUCCGCAGCUUCGCUGUCAAACUCAUCCUAGCAGGAAACCUGAGGUGCUAUGAGGUGCUAUCGUCAGACAUGCAGAAGAAUGCUCUUGCCGCUUUGCUGCGUAUGGAUGCUGUAACAAAGGUCAAAGUAGCUGAUCAAGUCACUCUCAUAGUGAACAAGAUGGCUGUGAACUCUAUAGACAAUAUACUGGGAGGCAAACUUCCCACUCAGAAAGCUGUCCUCGCUCGACUGUAGUUCACUCACUUCGCGGGCCAAUGAAAACUCUGGAGAGUAAACUCUGCCUUCAUUACCAUAAUGCCAAAUUUUCCAGGAGAGCACAGCUUUGCUGACUACAAAGGUUGUUUGUCAUAGUUUUUUAAAGGGAACUUCACAGGGAUGCCAUCUGGGACACCGUUUUUACACACACACACACUCUUCAAAUUUUUUAUAUGACAAAUAACACCGAAAUACUUCUUUAGAUCUUCGCUCACACUAACUACGUUUCUGUCUAGAGACGUUUUACAUUUCCGAGGUUGCCAAAGUAAUUUAAUAGUAACCAUUUUAAUUAACACGUUUUGUGCAAUCCCGUUUGUUUUCUAACACUGCUUGGACUCAUUAAUAUAUUCUUCAUUUGUUAUUUUGAUGUUAUGGCGCCUGAUGUGAUAUUGCUACUUAUGUAUGUUGUUAGUGUUUGCAUUGUGUUGGUGUGGACCUCUCCCUUUCUCCUCUGCUGGGAUCGUUGCCUUUGUGUGUUUUUCAGAGAAAUCAUUGUUACAAAAAUGGGGUCGCAUCAUGUUGUUUACAGACCCAAUUGAGGAUACCAGCCUAUUUAUGCAACGUUAACACUGGGUAGAUAAGAAAUUGUAUUUACUAUAUUUUAUUAUAUCAUAAAAACAGAUUUGGAGUAGAAACACCCCCUCUCAUGAUCAAAGCCAAAGAGUUUGUGAGUUCAUCAGAUAUGCUGAUGGUAUAAUAUCCAAACAUGAGAGCCAUAUGUUGUUUACAUCUGUUUUAUACACAUGUGCAGUGCUACAUAUCCAACUGCAUCAUUGUUACUCUGAUAUAUAAUGACUAUUGUGGAAUACUCCGUUUCACAAAGGUACCCUGACCACUGAGGAUGUGCCAUAAUCUCUCCUUUCCUAUAGUUCCUGGUUUGUUUAGUGUGACCGAAGUAUGUUUCUGAACUGCUUUGAUAUGACUGUGUUUACAAUGCGGAUUUGACAAACACAUGAAGAAUGUGACCAUGAUCUCUGUUACCAAGUGCAGCAGAUGCAUUGACUGCUGGUCUCCUGCCAAAGUAUACGUGUCUAUGUUACCCUACCAUUCUGUCAUGUGCAGUAGGGUGCAAUGUGUAUGUGUUUUUGAUGUGGAAUUAAUGUUGUUCUAACAUUAAUGACUACUGUUGCUGUACAGUAACAUUUAACUAUGUGACAGUGUGUGGCAGUUAACUGUGAUCAAUGAUGCUUUUUGAAGUAAAUCUACAGGAAGAAUAAAGCAUUUGAAAUAUAAUGGUAGAUGGUGUGACUGUUCUGAGGACUAGGGGAAUGUUGUGGUUAUCUAUAGGCAGAAAUGUUUAUGACCUUCCCAUAGAUGGCAGGCUUGCUCCUCUUCUAUGAAAUGCUGUAGGUUGUCAUUUUCCAGGGAAGUAAUGUGGAUGGACGUGUCAUAUCAGGGAAGUAUUUUCCAUCAUGUUGUUUUGUGGUCAUGCUGCUGAGUAAGAUAAUACAGCCAGCAAAUCCCCUAGCUUCCAUCAAUUUUUCUCUGACAUACUGUUGAGUUCUCUAAAGUCACCACACUCUAUUUACCUUCUCAAUCCAGGCCUCUGAGCUCUUUUAACAGCUAUAUCAGCACUUAUAUUUUUUUCUCAUGACAUGCUUUAUUUAAGGGGCAUGAACCAGAUUAACUCUGUUCAACUGAAGUGCUGCUGCUGGGGCUCUGUGGAAAACAGGUUAGGCCAGUCAGGUGGGUUUUCCCAUCUAUGGAAGUGCAGUAAAAAAAUAAAUAAUGUUUUUAACACCAA